AUGGAUGCAGAUGUAACCACCGACCAUACGAGCCAGGCACAGCAAAGUAUCCCGAGUACCAGUUCAGCCAGAUCAACUAGUGCUGUAAGCAGUGAACCACCUCAGCCUGUCAUGGUGGAAGCUGACCCCGUAGAUCAGCGUGAGGCACAAAAUAGCAUUAUCUCUAUUCUUCAGAAGCAAAUUUCGUCAUUGGAAUGUGAGCUGAAAAAGGUACAAGGUAAGGUUAGAGAAAGUGAGGCGCAAAAUUGCCAACUUAAAGUAGCGCUUCAUGAACACGCCUCGUCGCUUCCCGUUAUGUGCGAAACGGUCAGAGACCUUGUUACAUGCUCCGUUGGUCGCUCAGUGCAAAGCACCGCUGCUCUGCCUGCCGCGCCGAACUUCGACGCCGUUACCGGCGCCACUCAAGGUGCUAUGACCAACUACCCUGCCACGAGUAUAGCCGCUCUGGCUGCCGCGCCUAACUUUGACGGCGCUGCCGGCGCCAUAAUCAGCUACGUUGCCGCGGAUAGUGCCGCUCUGCCUGCCGCGCCAGAUUUUGGUGUCGCGACUGGCGCCGCCCAACCUGCUGUGAGCCAGCACACAUUCUCAAAUAGCGCUGAUCUGCCUACCGCGCUUAACCUCGCCGCUGCAAAUUGCGCCGCUCAAUCUGCUCCGUCCAGCUACGCUGCCGCGUAUGCCGCCGCUCUGCCUGUGGCGCCUUAUUUCACCGGCGCUGUCGCUCCUACUGCAACGCCAACAUUUGCCAUCCAAACUCCAGUAACGCCACUCACUUCCGGCACAUGCGUUCCUCCAUUUACUGCAGCGCCAAACACCACCGCUGCCAUAGCACCUAACUUCGCCACGGCGCCUGCCGCCGCAAUCGUUGCUACUACGUUCGCUGCCGAAGCGCAUCGCCCACCAAUAGUCACGUCACCAGCGAUUGCCAGUGCUACGCAUGCUGGCCUUGCCAACGCGUUUAUUAGACCUUCGUUAUCAGUAAAUGACCAUUCCGUCGCUCCAGUUUCAGCUACCCCAGGUAUGCCCUUUGGGGUGAUGCAACCUCGAAAACUCCAAGAUUUGCCGGAGUUCAGUGGUCUAGCCGAAGACAGGCCACAAUUCAUAACCGCGUUCACUCAGCCAAAGUCUGCAUAUGGAUACACUGACCUUGAAAACAACCAGCGCUUCAGAAGUGUUUGA